UGAAAAUUACCUACCUACUCUACAAAUAGCAAGUUGUGUUUGUUCAAUACUUAACGUUUUGUCAAGGGUUUUGUUUUACUUGAUGUUCUGUUUAUUGGCUUACUAGACUAAGAAUUAUUGUAUGUACCUAGUUUUCAGAUAUUUCAGUUAUCGUCCUGAGCCAGAGAGGGCGACAAAUCUCAACCCCCCCACUGCUAUUUUCAAUCCAAUGAUACAAAUGGACCAAUAGAAAGCGUUCAAAACAGACAACAAAAUCAAACGGGAAAACGGUUGUUCUGUCUCUGUCAGUCGGUCAUCAUUAUUUUAUAACGACUUUUACAUGUGAGAGGGCUUCAGCAGCCUCUUACCGAAAAACUAUAAGAAAAAGUGAAUAUUUUUUAUCAUCGAAUUUUUUAUCGACUAGCCAAAGGAUUAAUCUAAUAGUACAACCAUCAAAGGGAGCCAGAAAAAAAUGGCCCCAACAAAAAUCUCCCAAACAAAACCAACGGCAAUAUCAACGAGAAGCAGAGCCCUAAUGACACACAAUGAAAAUGCCCCCCACAUUACCAAAGGCAUUGAUAAACUUAACAAAAUAAUUAGAGGUAAACGAAAGGCUGAUUGUUCCCCAUCGAAGGACAAAGCUUUGAAAAGAAGCGCUUUGGGAGAUCUGACAAAUAACGUGAAAAAUGUGAAAAAAAUAACAGUGCAAGCAAAAGUAUUGCCAUCGAUCAAAAUUACCUCAGUUAAAACAGUGCAAAAACCCAAACAAAAUAAUGAGAAUCUGGCACCACCUCAAGCGCCUGUGCUCAAUAAAAUAACGACCAGAGCUUCAGUGCACAACAAACAAGUGCCACACUGUCCAAACCAAACUGCUGUGAAACCUAAAGAAAAUACUGGCUUAGGAGCAAACACCAAAAAGAGACUUAGCAACGAAUUUGAGAAAAGUGAGGAAUCAUUGUAUGCAUCCGCGUUGGAAGAAAGUAACGAUUCUACAUACUUCAGUGCAAAAACAAAGCCCACAACUAGAUCGUCAAAGAGUCCAGCCGAUAACACCAUCACGAUCUUAUCUGACGAAGAAGAGAAAACGAGUAGUUUGUCUUUUGUGGCCCAACAGUUGCAGACCAAAUUGAAUUUGGGCAAUCACGAUGUGCCCCCGGGAGUAGCAGAUUAUGACAAGGAGAAUUGGGACGAUGUUCACCAGGUGUCCCAUUAUGCUAUGGAUAUUUUUAAUUAUUAUAAAGAGAAAGAGACUCAAUUUCCUGUUGGAGAUUAUAUGGAUAGGCAAGUGUGCCUUUCCAAAUGGAUGAGGUCCCUUCUGAUUGAUUGGAUGGUAGAAAUUCAAGAAAGUUUCGAGCUUAAUCAUGAAACUUUAUAUUUAGGAGUUAAGCUAGUCGAUUUGUACUUGGAUCGUGUAACGGUUUCAAAAGAAAUGCUCCAGUUGGUUGGAGCUGCUGCCAUGUUUGUAGCAAGUAAAUUUGAUGAGAGAAUCCCGCCAUUAAUUGACGAUUUUUUGUAUAUUUGCGAUGGUGCCUAUACCAGAAGAGACAUGAUCAGGAUGGAAAUUAAUUUGUUGAAAGUCGUAAAUUUCAAUUUGGGCAUUCCUAUCAGUUAUAGAUUUUUGAGGCGAUAUGCUAGGUGUGGAAAAAUUUCAAUGCCUGUGCUCACUCUAGCCAGGUACAUUCUAGAAUUUUCCCUGAUGGAAUAUGAAACCAUUUCCAUUAAGGAUUCACUUUUGGCUUCAGCUUCCUUGUAUCUGGCCUUAAAGAUGAGAAAAUUCAGUGGCUGGACGUCUACUUUGGAAUUUUAUACUAGCUAUAAGAUCAAUGAUUUCAAAAACAUAGUUGUCCUGCUUAACAGAUUGAUCAGCAAGCCGGCAAAACCUCAAUUAAUGACUGUCAGGAACAAAUACUCUCACAAAAUUUUCUUCGAAGUGGCCAAAACGCCCGCCCUUAAAGAUGAAGACCUUUUCUAAUAACAGGCUAACUCAAGUUUUUAUAAGUGAUUUUUUCAAGACAAAAAUUCUAAUUUUUUGGAUGUUUUAAUAUAUUUUUUAGUUUUAUUAAAAAAUAUUGUUAACUUUUAAGGCUAAUUGUGUGCAUUUUGUAUGAUUGUGUAUAAAUAGUUGUACUAUUAUGUAUCUAAGUGGAAGAAGUCGCGUCCUGUUUUUGAAAAUAAUGCAUGUUACAGGAACUGAUUGUUUUGAAACAAUAAUGGUUUUAUCCCAAAUUGUUGAUUCAAGGUUGGUUGACCUCUAACCUGAUUUUUUUUGAAUGUGUGUUGACCAAAUAGCUUGAGUAAUUAAUCUUGUUAUUGUUCUUAUAGCGUUUAUUUUUAAUUUCAAUUUUAGUUUUCUAAUAAACAAAUCAGUGAUGUAAUAAUGUGAAAAAAAAUUCAUUGACUAGAAAAUGGAGUUAUUGGAAUCUAAAUUUUCCACCAACCCUAUUAGUUUUAUACCCACUGCCUGCCCUGCGAUAGGGCAUUUUAUCCUUUUUCAAAAUAAAUGAGAUUUUUAUUUAAGCUCUUAAAUCUAGUGUGACUGGGCCUAAUCAAAAUUUUAUUAUAUUUUUGUUUAGUGGAUGUCUGAUGGAAUUUGCUGUCCAAUAAACUUAAAAUUUAAUGUUUACUAUGUUCAAUGAGCUCAUUUACGUUUAAUUAACUCAAUUAUUUGUCAUCCAAGUGGUAUGUAUCAGUAGGGGAGCAAGUGACAUUUUUCAAUAUCUUACUUGCUAGUCAAUUAUCUACUUAUUUUCUGUUAAAUUGAGUUACAGAUGCUCCAAAAGGGAUUGUUUAUGUUCUUGUGUUAUUAAGAGCGUUUAUAUAGAAACAACUAUGCCUCGCAUUUGUUCACUUGUUUUAUGUACUUCUUCUGAUAUACUUAGUACCCACUGGCACCUCCAUUUAUGAGAUCAGCAUCUUAAUUGAAUUCUAUUUUAUUUCUUCUCACACUGCUAAGCGCUUGAACAGCUUAACGAAAUAAAAGUGGUGCUUUUUUUAACAUAGUUUAAUGCUGAUUUAAAAGCUCACAAAAAAGCGACUGGCGAAUAGAUUUUUCUUGAAAUUAUUUGCAAGAUCUUACCAAGUUUUCUAACGACAAAGGAACAGGUAAUGUAAUAUCACACAACUUAAUUUAAAGAAAAAUUCCAAUAUAAAUGACUGGCACAUUCUUUGUUUUGACUAAUAGCUGCCCUACUGUAUUUACCUAAGAAUAUCUGUGUUUCUUUGUUAUAUUCUACUUUAGCCAUUAAAAAAUAAAGAUUUUAUUUGUGCA